UCUGGCUAUAAAUAUGCACGAUCUCGAAGCUUGCAAGAGGAACAGCCCACCCUACGUGCCUACACUAGCAAAAACCACCUUGCCUUUCUUGGGUAAAGAUGAUGAAACCACAACUCCAAUCUAGCUCAAGCCAAGCCAUAUUGGUGGUUCCCAAGCCGGCUUUGAAGACAAACCAUGGCUCAUUGGCUCGGGUCAACAGGCGGGUGACUCAGCCUGAAUCUUGCAGGAAAAUCGAAUCCGGCAAAGUUUUCGCCGUUUUGAAGGAAAUUCCGACGACCACCGAAAAGAGAGAAGAGAAGGUGACCACCAUCAAGGCAAGGGUUACAGUGAAAUCAACGGUUCAAGACUUGGAUGAUAUUUUCUUGGAUGUCUUGGGAAAAUCCUUGAGGCUGGAGAUUCUUAGUGCAGAGUUCAACCCCAGCACCGGAAUAGAGAAGGAGACUAUAAGGGGUUACGUGCACAGGAGAGCUGGGAAAGGUAAGAUGGUGUCUUAUGAGGGUGAGUUCAAGGUGAAGCCCACUUUUGGGCCAGUGGGCGCGGUGUUGGUGACCCAUGAUCACCACAAAGAGAUGGUUUUUGAGAGCAUAGUGCUUGAAGGCUUGGCUAAUGGUCCAGUCCAUAUAACGUGUAACUCAUGCGUUCAUGCCAAAGGGGAGAAAAGGGUUUUCUUUGCUGACCAGGGCUGCUUUCAAGAACUGCUUGAGAGAGGACUAGAGAGAGAGAGAGUUAGAGAGAGAAGGGACAGUUCUGGCACAGCAGUGGCUUUCCCUUUGCUUAAAACCCCAAUCGAAAGCACGUACAGGCCCGGCACCAUCCCGUACAGGCUCCCUUUCGAUCCUCCUCACGAGCCCACACCAACGGAGCUCGCAUGGAUCGACCUCUUCCAAAAAUCUAUCCCUUCUUUCAGGAAACAGGCAGAGAGUGAUGAUACGGUUCCUGAAGCUCAUGCAAAAGCUGAGAAAUUCGCCAAGAGGUAUACAAAAGUUCUUGAGGACUUGAAGGCAGAUCCUCAAAGUCAUGGUGUGCCACUAGAUUGCAUUCUUUUAAGUAGACUUCGUGAACAAGCCUUAAGAGACGUAGGUUUCAGGGACAUAUACAAGAAAGUUAAGGUCGAGGAAAAUGCCAAUGCUUUAACACUAUUCAAUGAGGUGGUUCAGCUUCAUGAUUCCAUUGAAGAUGCAAGCAAGAGAGUGGAAAGCUUGAUUAGGGGAGUCUUUGCUGGGAACAUUUUUGAUUUGGGAUGUGCCCAGAUAGCGGAGGCCUUUGCAAGAGAUGGAAUGUCAUUCAGAGCAAGUUGUGAAAAUCUAGUGGCUCGACCUUGGGUUAUUGAUGAUUUAGAUAUUUUCAAGUCAAAAUGGAGUACAAAAUCAUGGAAGAAGGCUGUCAUAUUUGUCGAUAACUCGGGUGCAGAUGUUAUUCUUGGGAUGUUACCCUUCGCUAGAGAGCUGCUUCGACGUGGUACACAGGUGGUUAUUGCUGCUAAUGAUUUACCAUCCAUCAAUGAUAUCACUUAUCCAGAACUGAUUGAGAUUAUAUCCAAGUUGAAGGAUGAAAAUGGGAAGAUAUUUGGGGUGGAUGCAUCAGGGCUUUCAAUAGUAAAUUCUGGUAACGAUUUGCCGGUCAUUGAUCUCUCCAUGGUGUCUCCGAAACUGUCCCACCUUGCAAAUGAUGCAGAUCUUGUCAUUUUGGAGGGAAUGGGCCGUGGAAUAGAGACUAAUCUCUACGCCCAAUUCAGAUGUGAUUCACUCAACAUUGGAAUGGUGAAGCACCCUGAGGUGGCUGAGUUUCUUGGGGGGAGGCUUUAUGAUUGUGUGUUCAAAUAUACUCAAGUUCUGUGAUCAAUUGCAGAAAGAGUCACACCCAUUUGGUCAUGACAUGUCAUUGUAUCUAUUUUUUCAUCUAUUGUCCAAUAUUUCACAUUGUGUCUGGGUUUUUUAUUCUAUAAUAAAAACUUUUACUUCUGCCUGUUAAUCUCUCUCUCUCGUGGAGAGGACACUCCUCAACAUACUAGCAAGCAAUGUGAUUUCGUUCAA